AUGCCAGCAGAGAAAGGAAGCAUUAAAAUUCCCCAAUCAGUGGAGAAAACCGAGAGAAACAGUUCAUCCCGCGACGAGAUUUAGGGUUCUGGAGUUCAAUUUUAGAAAGAAGAAGAGGUUACAAGAGUCCGACUUCAAACCCUACGCUAAGUGAAUUUGUAAUAAUGGAGGGUUAUUCGAAUCAUACUCAUCGUUCAUCUCAAGAAAUGGAGGUUUUGGAUGUGAAACCUUUGAGAACCAUAGCUCCAAUGCGCCCUUCAUCACUUGGGCUCGAUUCAUAUGCUCCUCCUUCUACUGGAGAUUCCCCCUUUGUCUUUGUGACACCCUCUGGGUCCUUUGCUUCUGCGUCUGACUCUCUCUUUCGUCCAAACUUCGUCCCGUUGUUUCCAAACUUAGCUUCUCCACAACCUUCGAACCAAAAACCAGUUUUUGCAACCCCACUGAACAGCAGGAGCGCUAACGGUUCGGCAUCAACGUCGGGCCGGAAAUCUAAAGUUGGUAGUUCUGAUGCGAAGAGCACAGGUGAAAAGAAGGAGAAACCACCAAAGAAACCUAGGAAAGUAUAUGGACGACAUGACACAGGGGGCCUGCUCCCUUCUUCUCAUGAUGCGAGGGAGUCGGUGGAGGUGAUCCUUAUGACAUUUGAUGCUCUUCGUAGAAGGGUUCAGCAGAUAGAUGGUGAGGAUGGAAGUAAACGUUCCGACCUCAAGGUUGGGCCUAUCAUGACGAACAGCGAGUUGAGGAUAAAUAUGAACAAGAAGUUGGGUCCAGUUCCAGGGGUUGAGGUUGGUGAUAUGUUCUAUUUUAGGUUUGAGAUGUGUUUGAUAGGGUUGCAUUCUCAGAUCAUGGCGGGAAUUGACACUAUGACUGCAAAGUUUGAUAAUGAAAAUGAUGUUGUGGCUGUUUGCAUUGUGUCUGCUGGUGUCUACGACAAUGAAGAUGAUGAUGUGGAUGCCAUUGUUUAUAGUGGUCAAGGAGGUUCUGCUGGUAAGGAUGAUCAAAAGCUUGAAAGGGGGAAUCUUGCUCUGGAGAGAAGCUUGCACCGUGGUACUGAGAUUAGGGUUGUCCGAAGUGCAAAAGAUUUCACUUGUCAGAAUGGUAAGAUAUAUAUUUACGAUGGGAUUUAUAAGGUUCAUGAAUCAUGGGUUGACAAAGGGAAGGCGGGGUUCAAUGUUUUUAAAUUCAAGCUGCUUAGAGAAGCGGGGCAACCUGAAGGUAUUGCAAUGUGGAGAAAAACCCAAAAAUGGAUAGAUAAUCCGUCAUCAAGAGGAAGCGUUAUUAUUCCUGACAUAUCCUCUGGUAGUGAAAACAUACCGGUUUGCCUUGUUAAUGAUGUUGACUAUGAGAAGGGUCCAAGCCAUUUCACCUAUGUGACCAAAGUUAAGUAUUUGAGUCCGAUCAACCUCAUCAAACCUUUGCAUAAAUGCAUGUGCCAAAAUGUUUGCCUUCCUGGGGAUAAAAAUUGCUUAUGCGCACAACAAAAUGGCGGAGAUCUUCCUUAUAGCUCUAAUGGGCUUCUCGUUAGCCGUAGGCCUCUAAUAUAUGAAUGUAGUGGGUCUUGUCCUUGCUCUGUAAAUUGCCGGAAUAGAGUCACUCAAAAGGGUGGUAAACUUAAAUUUGAGGUGUUUAAGACAAAGGACCGAGGUUGGGGGCUUAGGUCUUGGCAUCCAAUUCGUGCUGGCACUUUCAUUUGUGAAUACACAGGUGAAGUCAUGGAUAAGUUCAGAGUUUAUGACUAUGGUGAGGAAAAUGAGUACAUCUUUCAAGCGCUUACGGAUGGUAAUACACUUAAGUGGAAUUAUAUACCUCAAUUGCUUGAAGAGCUCGAUGUUUCUCAAUCGAGUGAGGCUCCUAAGCCCUUACCUUUUGCUAUAAAUGCAAAGAAUAUGGGAAACAUAGCACGAUUCAUGAACCAUAGUUGCUCCCCUAAUGUCUUCUGGCAGCCUGUUCAGCAUGACCAUGGUGAUGAGGGAUACCCACACAUCAUGUUUUUUGCAAUUAAGCACAUUCCUCCCAUGACGGAGCUCACAUAUGAUUAUGGUCUAAGUAAAGGUGACCUUGGCAUAGAUUAUAGCAAUGGUGCUGGAUCAAGGUGGACCAAGAAAUGUUUAUGUGGAUCAUCAAAGUGUAGAGGCUUCUUUGGCUAACCUUUGGCAGGAUAUACUGGAACUGCACCAUCGAAGUACAAGGCAAGGCAUAUGGAUGGCAUUUGGGAUCAUCAAUCUGGGAGCAAAUAAUCAAAGAUCAUUUCGUAUGGCAUUAAAACAUGACAUCUUCAAGGCUAAAAGCUGGUGUGUUCAUUUUGGAGAGUUUGCUGGCUCAUGAUGGCAACUGAUCGAAGUUUCUUUAAUUUCUCUCUGAUAUAUGAUAUGAUCAUCAUGGGUUAUUUGUCACCUUGAAAGUCAUAUGUUUGGAUAUUAUAUCCCUGACUGAAUAACUUUAUGUAAAUGAAAAUUAAAACAAGGAUGCACGCAAGCAUUUGUACUUGUAUGAUGAGAUGUAAUGCUUGCUAGUCUGCACGCACCAUCAUACGCUACUCAUUUCAUUCUCAGUCUUAUCCUAUGUUGAGCUAAAGGAAUCUGCAUGUUCUCCUGAAGGAACUUGCUCUUGGUUAUUGGUUUCUGUAAUCUUUUAACUUCUAUUUAUUGCAUUAUAAUGGGGGAUGAUUGAUAUU